UCUAAAGCUAUCAUUGAUUCGAUUACUUGUCUCUCAAACCAAAAACAAAACACAAAAUAGAGUCAAAAACCCUAAUUACAGAGUAUGACCAAGAUGGUGAUGAUUAAGGAAGACAACACCAACAACAACAACAGCAAAGCUCCGAAUGUUGUUGGCCAAUCUUCUUCAGUACUAGAGUUUGUCUGUGUACUUGGCCGAGGUAGUUUUGGUUCGGUCGCUCUCAUAAGAGACUCCAAACAAAGGUUACACGCUGAGAAAUCAUCUCCGAUAGCUUACAUGGAGAGUCUCAAGAAAGAGCAUAGGAUCAUGCUUCGUUUCCGUACCCACCCACGCAUCGUCCAAACCACAAACCCUAAUCUUCACAUAGGUAUCAACCUCGACCAUUGUUAUAUCUACAUGGAGUUUGCCUCCAAAGGUACUCUCCACAACUUCAUCUCCCACUUCAAUGGCCAACCAGUGCCUGAGGUUUUGAUCAGACGCGCUGCUCUCAUGAUCCUUCAAGGACUCGAGGCUCUUCACUCUCACGGCUACGUUCACUGCGACCUCAAGCCGGCUAACGUUCUCCUCUUUCCUUCCAAGAUUGUCGGAGAGCCGUGGGAUCUCAAGCUUGCUGACUUCGGUCUAUCUAAGGAGCCUUCUUGUACGAAUCCAAGGUCCUCCUUGUCUGGCGGUACAAAGGAGUACAUGUCUCCUGAGUCUUUGGGACCCAACCGAGUGAAGAUGAUUGGACCGGCUGUUGACAUGUGGGCUCUAGGGUGUGUUGUGCUUCAGAUGUAUGGAGGCUAUCCAGUGAAGAUGGGAGAAUGCUACAGGUGGAGGCUUCCGAGACUAGUAUCUCCGCUGGCCAACGACUUCUUGAGGCGGUGCAUGGCGUUGCAGCCCUCACGCAGAGCCACCGCAGCGGAUCUGUCGAAACAUCCUUUUGUUUGCACCAAGCCCAAAUCAUAUGAUUCAUUCAGUACUGUCCUCCUCCUGUCUUAAGACGCAAUAAUGUUAUGAAAAAAUAUGUUAGAAGACCGAUGAUGGCUCCAACACCUAGAGAGUCGUAUUUAGGUUUAUUCAGUUUAGUUGGUGUCUCAAUAACAGUAUAAUUCAUGUCUGGUACUGGACUUUAUAUUCUUUUUAUGUAUCUUUGUCUUUAAUAUCAGAGUAUAU